GAAGACAAUUCAACGAGAUGAGCAUGCAUCUUGUUUUUAAGAUUGUUAAGUGACACUUAAGUUAAUGUAACUCAGCUUGGACAAAAUUACUGCUAGGAAGAUAACGGCUGUUAUUUUGAGAGAGAGAAGUGAAGAAGAUGGAGUAUAUGAAAACCCCAGCAAGCAACAUUCAGGGCAACAUUUUGUGCUGUGAGUGUGGUACCCCAAUACCCCCGAAUCCAGCCAAUAUGUGUGUUGCUUGUUUGCGAACUCAAGUUGACAUCACUGAAGGGAUUCCGAAGCAAGUCUCUGUUCAUUUUUGCAAGCAGUGCGAAAGGUACCUUCAGCCUCCUGGAACAUGGAUACAAUGUGCUUUAGAAUCCAGAGAACUGCUUGCCUUGUGUCUCAAGAAACUGAAAGCAUCAAUGAGUAAGGUUCGCCUGAUAGAUGCAGGAUUCCUGUGGACUGAGCCACAUUCUAAAAGAAUUAAACUGAAGCUCUCAGUACAGAAAGAGGUCAUGAACGGAGCGAUCCUGCAGCAGGUAUUUGUCAUCGAGUUUGUCAUCCAGCCACAGAUGUGUGAUGACUGUCACCGUGUUGAAGCCAAGGAUUACUGGAAGGCAGUAGUACAAGUCAGGCAGAAGACUGUUCAUAAGAAGACAUUCUACUACCUUGAGCAGCUGAUUCUGAAGCAUAAAUUACAUCAGAAUACGCUUCGUAUUAAGGAAAUCCAUGAGGGCAUUGAUUUUUACUACGGUUCAAAGCAAAAUGCACAAAAAAUGGUGGAUUUCUUGCAGUGCACAGUCCCUUGCAGGUCUAAAGCAUCACAGAGACUGAUUUCUCAUGACAUCCAUUCUAACACGUACAACUACAAAAGUACUUUCUCCGUAGAAAUCGUACCUGUGUGCAAGGACAAUGUAGUGUGCCUGGCGCCCCGUCUGGCCCAAAGCCUGGGAAACAUGGGUCAGAUCUGCGUGUGCAUCAGGGUCACGAGCACCAUUCACCUCAUUGACCCCAAUACUCUGCAGAUUGCUGAGGUUGAUGGAAACACCUACUGGCGCUACCCGUUCCAUAGCCUCUGCAGCCCACGGCAGCUGGAGGAGUUUAUUGUGAUGGACGUAGAAAUUAUCCGCGAUCACAAGCAAGGAGCUGGUGCUGGAAUGAGGUCGAAUAAACACACCCUUGCCGAAGUGUGGGUGCAGAAGACCUCGGAGAUGAACACGAGCCAGCAGUAUCACUGCCGCACUUUCCUGGGGCACCUGCUCAACCACGGGGACCUUGUUUUGGGUUUUGACCUGGCAAAUGCCAACAUCAAUGACGAGUUUGUGAACAAGAUGAACCCUCAUCAUGUUCCUGAUGUGGUGCUAAUUAAGAAGAGCUAUGACAGAAACAAGCGCCAGAGACGCAGGAACUGGAAGCUGAAGGAAAUGGAGAAAGACCGCGAGGGGAUGGAAACGGAUGAUGAAAGGCAAUAUCAAGAUUUCCUGGAAGACCUGGAAGAAGAUGAAGCUCUUAGGAAGAAUAUUAACAUUUUUAGAGAUGCUUCAAGAAUCCCAGUGGAAAGCGACACUGAUGAUGAUGGUGCACCUAGGAUAUCUUUGAUGGAAAUGCUGGAGGAUCUGAAGAUCUCUGAAGAUGCCACUGGUGGAGAGGGAGCAUCGAUGAUGACUGAAUAAACGGAAUAUACUAGUUUAUCUUAUUUUUGCAGAUUAGAUCAUGAUUGGAUAAUACACAUUGUCAAGUGCUUUGACGCUUGGCCAUUUUCUUCUCUGAAUAGUGCUUUUAAUGCAUUACUGAUAAAAAUCCAUCGAAGUGUUUGGCAUGGUUCUUUCUAAAAUAAAUGCCUACAUGCACCUUGAAAUGGGA